GCUCACCGAUACAUGAAAAUCUUUAACAACCCCAAUGAGUCCAGCACCCUCACUGGUUUCAUCCUCCUGGGCUUCCCUUGCCCCAGGGAGGGACAGGUCCUGCUCUUUGUGCUCUUCUCUACUGUCUACCUCCUGACCCUCAUGGGGAAUGGUUCCAUCAUCUGUGCUGUGCGCUGGGAUCAGAGACUCCACAGUCCCAUGUACAUCCUGCUUGCCAACUUCUCCUUCCUGGAGAUCUGGUAUGUCACCUCCACUGUCCCCAAUAUGUCGGCCAACUUCCUUUCUGACACCAAGGUCAUCUCCUUCUCUGGGUGCUUUCUCCAAUUCUACUUUUUCUUCUCCCUGGGUUCUACAGAAUGCUUUUUCUUGGCAGUGAUGGCAUUUGAUCGGUAUCUUGCCAUCUGCCGGCCUCUCCACUAUACUGCCAUUAUGACUGGACAUUUCUGCACCAAUCUUGUGGUCAGCUGCUGGGUACUUGGAUUCCUCUGGUUCCUGAUUCCAAUCAUCAUCAUCUCCCAGAUGUCCUUCUGUGGAUCCAGGAUCAUUGACCACUUCCUCUGUGACCCAGGUCCUCUGUUAGCACUCACCUGUACAAGAGCUCCUAAAAUUGAGUUGACCAGUUCCACCUUAAGUUCUCUACUUUUAUUUAUUCCAUUUCUCUUCAUCAUGGGGUCAUAUGCUUUGGUCCUUAGAGCUGUGUUGCGGGUCCCUUCAGCUGCUGGACGAAAGAAGGCCUUCUCCACCUGUGGUUCCCAUCUGGCUGUAGUUUCACUUUUCUAUGGCUCAGUGAUGGUCAUGUAUGUGAGCCCAACAACAGAGCAUGAAGAUGGAAUGCAGAAGAUUGUGACUUUGUUUUAUUCUGUGGUGACCCCACUCCUUAACCCCUUGAUAUAUAGUCUGAGGAACAAAGAUAUGAAACACACAGUGAAGAAAUUACUGAGAACAGAAAAAUGA